UGACUAUUUUUAUGUCGCAAAGAACGGUGCGAGUCUGCGAGUUAACCUUAUCGUGUAUAGAAACACAUAUGAUACUUUUCCUUUGUAUAGAAAUGCUGAGUAAAGUUAUCUAAUUUUUUUAGUGUUUACAAUUACCUUACAUCACAGCGUGUUUAUUAAUAUAAAACAUGGCCUGGACGGGAUACCAGAAGUUCCUAGCCCUGAUGAUGGUAGUCACAGGCUCCAUCAACACUUUGAGCACUAAGUGGGCCGACAAAGUUGAAUCAAAGGGAUCAGAUGGUGUUGUUAGAGUUUUUGAGCAUCCUUUCUUGCAGGCUGCAGCUAUGUUUCUAGGUGAAAUGCUGUGCUUACUUGUAUUCAAACUGAUAUAUUUUAAGACCCGGAAUACAGGGGGCCACCAACUGACACAGGGCAACCAGAGUUUUAAUCCCUUCAUCUUGAUGCCAGCAGCUAUGUUUGAUUUAGUGGGGACCUCGAUCAUGUAUGUGGGGUUGACACUUACAUACGCUAGCAGUUUUCAAAUGUUUCGAGGGUCUGUUAUAAUAUUUGUGGCAGCAUUCUCCACUAUCUUCCUUGACAAACAAAUCAUCAAGAGAGAGUGGGCGGGCAUAGGUGGCGUGAUCCUGGGGCUGGUGAUCGUGGGGUCGACGGACGCCAUCUUCCGCGAGCCCGGCGAGACCAAGGGGCCCAACAGCCUCAUUACCGGCGACCUGCUCAUCAUCGUGGCGCAGGUCGUCACCUCCUGCCAGAUGGUCUACGAAGAGAAAUACGUUAGAGGGUUGAACAUCCCGCCGCUACAGGCGGUGGGGUGGGAGGGGGUGUUCGGGUUCUCGACGCUGUCGGCGCUGCUGGUGGUGUUCUACUGGACGCCGGCGCCGCCGCACUUCGGCCACAACGCGCGCGGCACCGUCGAGGACGCCAUCGACGGCCUGGUGCAGAUAGGAAAUAAUCCAGUGCUGCUAGUGGCGAUUCUCGGCACGAUAGUUUCGAUUGCUUUCUUCAACUUCGCCGGCAUCAGCGUGACGAAAGAAAUGUCUGCCACCACCAGGAUGGUGCUUGAUUCCGUUCGGACGCUGGUGAUCUGGAUGGUGUCGCUGGCGGUGCGCUGGCAGGUGUUCCACUGGCCGCACCUGCUCGGGUUCGCCGUGCUCAUCUACGGCAUGGCGGAGUACAACGCGCUGGUGCCGCGCUGCCGGCGCGCGCCCGCCGCCGCGCCGCCCGCGCCCGCCAGCGCCGCCGCCGACCACGACGACGACCAAGAGGAGCCCUAGCCCCGCCC